UGUUGAGUAUGUCUCGGCUGUGAUCCGGAUAAGGCAAAAAGUAUCUGGUGACAGUCGUAAAAUGUCUCUUAAUGCAUAAAGCAAUAACUGAUUUAAGUCUAAGGACGUUAGUUUGGACUUCAUAGGAAAGCGCGCGUUCGCGUAUGCACAAAGGUAUUCAAAUAUUCAGUGAGCAGAACGAAAGCAUCCAAUGUGUACGAGCUGACUCCGAGCUCGUUUGACAACAUGGUGAACAAGAGCAAGUACACGUGGAUCGUGCAGUUUUACUCCCCAAAUUGCAUCUACUGCAAGAGAUUCGAACCCGAGUACGAGCUGACAGCGGAUAAAUUGCAGAACACGAACAUAAAAGUGGGCCGUGUGGAUGCCGUGCAAUACGACGAUUUCAGCGCGAGGUACAACAUCAACAGUUAUCCGACGAUCAAGCUCUUCCAUCCAGGAAGCUUCGUCCCGGAGGACUACCACGGACCACGAAAAUCCAAUAACAUCAUCGAGGCUGCCAUCAAUUAUGCCCAAAACAAAAGUCGAAGGGAGUACAAUGAGCCGGAUGUCUUCGAACCUGUG